AUGGCUUCGGAGUAUUUUAGCCAGAGACAGAGCUGGUCUUACAUCGGCAUCAUCGGCACUUACAAUCAAAUCAUGAGAGGAAAAGAGUCAACAGGAUCAGAUUCAAACUCACUCUGGUCUGCUGACAAAUUUCCUGGAGUCAAGUUGGAGAUCUUUCUGCUGGCCGGCAAAGUCGAGCUGUUCUCACGGCUCAGGAGUCAGGGCUCGGGUGUUCACUGGGUGGUUGUCCAGCUGCAUGGGCCCGGAAAAGGACUCGGGUCGGGUCAGUCCGCAUACAUUCAACUAUUGAACUUUCAAAGGAUUAUGCCAUCUACUUUACCUUCUCACCUUGGUCUCAUCAUCCUACGAGCAAUUUACUUCCUCGGUUGUCGUCGCUAUGUACAUCGCUCUCUUCUAUCUGACUUGCGGCAAGUCAUACGGGAUGACUCUCUUGAACUCACUGAUCCCAUCGAAUCAAACUCAGAAUCCGAUGAAGAGUCCAUGACUGUCGGUCUUACCAAUUGGUUCAACAAGUCUAGCUCAUCUUCUGCCAAACCUGACUCGCUCCCGAUCAGGACUCCUAAACGAUCUUCAACUGCUUCGAAAUCCGCACCUUCCAUCCCAGCUGGGUUUACGACCUUUUUAUUCUGCUGGUCGUUCUGCGAAGGAAGCCUCCUAUUCAGCAUCGUCAUCCUUGGUUCAUGGCUGGAUACCACAGCUCGCAAUCUGAAUUGGAACCUUUCCCUUGGAAUAUUGAUUGCGUCGGUCGUCUACGUAUUUCCAUUGGCCGAAUGCCUAUUGUUUGCAAACUCAGUGCUGAGCCGCAAAGCCGCCGAUCGGCCCAGACUGCUCUCCCCUCGCACCGUUGGUUUAACUCUGCUUCCUUUUUUAGGAUAUCUUUUUCUUUAUUAUCGGGUUGGUCAAACCAUUCAAGGUCUUCUUGGAGUUGAAACUGGAAGCCAUUCUUUCGGAUUUUUGAACACAACACUGGCUCGAAUAUGCGUACCUGGUGUCUUUUUGAUUGCGUCUCUAUCUGGUGGUGCAGCCGUGAAUACCGCCUGGGAAACUUGGGAAUGGCGUCGGCGAGACAAGGAACCACCUAUCACUGACCAGCAUAUAGCCUCGGCUGAGCAAGCCCUUCAACGCACUCGAACGGAUCUCCAAGCUCGACGAGCGGCCGCCUCUCAGUCAGCUGAAGGCCCAUCCUCAAGCGGCAUUAUGAGUUUAUUAACUGGUACCCGAACCAGCCAGUUACAGCUAGAGUUAUCGGGAGUGGAAGCUCUGGAGCGACAAAUGACCGCUGAUCUGAACUCGAUGAAGCAACGCAAGGCUUAUGCUGAAUAUUCACGUACACUCCCAGGUAUCCUGCUCAAUUGUGCUAACUGGAGUCUCUCGGUCUAUUGUAUAUACCGAUUAUUCAUGGCGAGUUCUAUCAGGCAAAAUCUCAACAUGCCCUCCUUUCAUGCGCUGAUUAUUGAACUUGAUAUUAGUACUCUCAGCCGCCUUGUUGGACUGGUUUUGAUUGGUUCGAUCAUCGUCGUGAACUUGCGUGCAUCGCUAGUCUGGGUUCAUCGGGCCUUCUCUCGCUUAGGCUCUGGUGGCCUCAUCAGCACACCGUUCAUGCUGCUUAUCCUCGGACAAUUGAUGGCCAUGUAUCUCUUAACUUGUCUCAUAUCUUUACCGUCGGCGAGCUCGAGUACACGCCCGGAUGAUCUACUAUCUACUUUGCCGUCCUUCCACCUCUUUAGUAGACUUUUUGAUAUUGUGUUCCUUGUGACUGGAAUUCUUACUGGUCUGAUUCGAUGGCUUGCUAAACAAAUUCUUCAAACUGAAGAUCAGGAGACAAUGGCACUCAACCGGAUCAUAGUUUAG